AUGGAGAUCACAUAUGCUGCCCAAGACCUUUCGGAGGCAGCGCUUGGAGGACCAAUUCGGAUCGAGGAUGGGCGCUUUGUUGAUGCAUACGGCAGGACGCUCUGCCUGCGAGGCUUCAACGUCGCGGGCGCAAGCAAGAUGCCGACCAGACCGAACGGAUUCACGCACCUUUGGGACAGAGACUCUUUCUACCAACACCGCACUGUCGACUUUACCGGGCGGCCCUUCCCACUGGAGGAAGCGCCCCUUCACUUCCGACGACUGCAGACCUGGGGAAUGCCUCUAAUUAGGCUGCUUGUGACGUGGGAAUCACUCGCUCAUGCCGGUCCGAACCCGACCACCGACUUGGAUUUGGACUAUGUCGCCUACCUUCGUCAGCUCAUCGAGAUGAUGCCCAGGUAUGGCCUCAAGUGCUUCAUCUGCGCCCACCAAGACGUGUGGAGCCGUUUCUGUGGAGGAAGUGGUGCCCCUGGCUGGACCCUAGAGGCUGCCGGUCUUGACAUGGAGGCUUUCGCCGACACCGGAGCGGCCUAUAUUCACGGACAGGACGAGGCGAGACGAGCCAGAGCGCCACCCAAUGAGCGAGAGCCGAGUGGCCCUUUUGUGUGGCCGUCUGGGAACCAAAAGCUGGCUGCAUCCACUAUGGCGACCCUGUUCUGGGCCGGUGAAUCCCUUGCGCCUCAAAUGAGAUGUCUUCGCUCUGCUCUGGAAGGCAACGGUGACGCUGAGGAAGUCUCGAUCCAGCAGUUUCUUCAGGAUGCCCUCAUCGAAGCAUUUGGCCGUCUCUCGGACGAGUUGGGGUCCCUGGAGGCAUGCGUGGGCUUCGAGCCCAUGAAUGAGCCUGACCGCGGCCUGAUCAACCUUCACGACUUCAACAGCUGGAACUAUAAUACAGACCUGCAUAUAGGGUUCUUCCCUUCUCUGAUCCAGUCAUUAGCGCUGGGUAGUGGCUACCCCCAGGAGGUUCCAUAUUACGUCAAAUCAUGGCCAUGGCCGACACGUCAAUCUCAUCAGACAUUGCUGGAUCCCAAGGGUCGGUCCGCGUGGCUGACAGCAGCCAAAAGUCCUGUCGUUGACCGACCUCGAGGCAUGGGCAAGUGCGUAUGGCGUACCCACGGUGUCUGGGAUUGGGACGAGCAAAAGCAACAACCUGUUGUUCUGCAAAGCGACUAUUUCGACUAUGACCACCGCGCUGGCCGGGAGGCACAUAAGAUUGAGUGGUACAGAGACUGUUAUGCUCCAUUCGUAUUGAAGUUCACGGAGCGUGUUUCUGGGCGCUUUCAAAAACACUUCUCCUUCGUCGAGCCUCUGCCCAAUCAGUUCAUGCCACCCUGGAAAGCCGAAGAUCGUACCAUCCUCCAGACAAGACAUAACACAGGCACGGCCAUCGACUUAGAUCCCCCUCAAAAUCUUGUCUAUGCGCCUCAUUUCUACGAUUUAAAUGUUUUGUUCAGCAAGAGGCACACGUCGAUAAGUGUAAAUGUUCAGGGGCUGAGCAGGGGCAUGUUCAUAUUACGAGCCCUCUACUUUGGCGCAGCCGGCCUGCGCAAGAACUACACGGCUCAGCUUCGAAACAUUGUCCAUCAUGCUAACGCAUUCCUCGGAAAACUCCCAAUAGUGAUUGGAGAGGUCGGCAUCCCAUUUGACGUAAAUGGGCGCGCUGCUUUCAAGACUGGGGACUUUGACAGCCAGCGCGAGCUGAUGCACGCUCUCGUCUCCGCUAUGGAGGACAACUUUGUUGCUUUCACGCUUUGGAAUUAUAACCCAGUCAAUGCAAAUGAGCAUGGAGAUGGUUGGAAUGACGAGGACUUCUCAAUAGUGACCAGCGAUAGCACUGUGGCUGACUACCGGAAUGAGCAGCAUGAGGGUGACGAGCUAUAUCGUGGAGCAAGAACGCUAGACGUCGCGAUUCGCCCUUAUGCGGUCAAGGUUGCUGGCGUUCCGACUCGUUCUCUUUGGAACCCGCGGACCCUGAUGUUCGAAUUCGAAUGGCAAAGCGGUCUGGAUAGACAUGGGAGUGAGAAGUCUCGGGUCACCGAGAUCUAUCUUCCAGCCUAUCACUACGGCACCCACAAGCUCCACAUCGAAGUUCAUGACGGCAAAUGGUCAGUCGACGCUGAGAAACAGACACUGUACAUAAUUCAGGAGAAACAUCGUGUCGGAUUCCAUAAGGUUGUGCUACAGAUACAAGACGUCCAGGAGCACCUGCUUCGGAGGGUCGAGUGUCGACGGAGAGCAUUCCCUUGUGGUUUUCCACUCAGUAUGAUGCCACCGGUAGUUGAGGUCUGGGUGGAGUCCGUCUCUUUCGAUCAUGCUUUCUGGGCAUUUUCUUUAGUCAUCGCUUUAGCCGCCAUGUACGCAAGAAUCCUGUCCUAG